UCAAAAUCACUUCCGGUGUGUUGAUCAACAGCAAAACUGAAAGUGUGUGUUUCACAUAGUAGUCAAGUUCUAUGCGGUUUUCCCGAGAACUUUAGUCAUGUCAUUUAAUGUUGCAGGUUAUCAAGCUGCUGGGCAGUAGGUCCCUCCUGUCCAGAUUACAGGUGUCCAGAAUGGCAUACUCUGUCAGGACGGCCAGUCAAUUCCUCCACGAGAAGGCCUACGUUAACGGGAAGUGGGUGGACGCCAAAAGUGGGAAAACGUUUCAAGUGUUGAACCCAGCUAAUGGGGGUCUGAUGGGAAGUUGUCCUGACAUGAAUGCAGAAGACACGCAGAUUGCCAUCCAGAAGGCACACACAGCUUUUCAGUCCUGGAAGAAGUCCUCUGUCAAGGAACGCAGUGCUGUACUGAGAAAAUGGUUCAAUCUUAUGAUGGAGAACCAGCAAGAACUGGGAAAACUCAUCACAGAGGAAAUGGGCAAGCCACUGAAGGAAGCUAUGGGGGAGAUAGGCUAUGCAGCCGGGUUCUUUGAGUGGUUUGCAGAAGAAGCAAGACGCACAUAUGGUGACAUAAUUCCGUCCCCAGUGGACAGCAAACGCCUUCUGGCCAUCAAACAACCAGUGGGCGUGUGUGGGUUGAUUACACCAUGGAAUUUCCCAUCAGCUAUGAUAACACGUAAAGCUGGAGCUGCCAUUGCUGCAGGGUGUACUGUGGUCAUUAAACCAGCAGAAGAUACGCCGUUUUCUGCACUCGUUUUGUGUGAUUUGGCAGAGAAGGCAGGCUUGCCACCAGGUGUCAUAAAUGUUGUCACCUGUUCAAGACAGAACACAGUGGAAGUUGGGAAGGUGCUAUGUGAGAGCCCUCUGGUGGCAAAAAUAUCAUUUACAGGUUCUACUAACACUGGGAAGAUUCUCUUGCAGCAGUGUGCCAACACAGUAAAGCGAGUGUCCAUGGAGCUGGGUGGCAACGCUCCCUUUGUGGUCUUUGACAGUGCAGAUGUGGACGCAGCUGUGAUGGGAGCAAUGGCCUGCAAGUUCAGAGUUAGUGGUCAGACGUGUGUGUGUGCCAACAGGUUCUUGGUGCAGGAGGGAAUCCAUGACCAGUUUGUACAGAAGCUUGGGGAGCAGAUGCUGAAACAGCUGAAAGUGGGGGAUGGGUUCUCCGAGGACGUCACACAAGGCCCACUGAUUAAUAGUAAAGGUGUAGACAAGGUAGAUGAGCUGACCCAGGAUGCUGUGUCAAGAGGAGCUCAGUUGAAGAUGGGCGGGAAGCGACACUCAGCUGGCGAGAACUACUACGAGCCUACGCUCCUCACUGAUGUCACGUCAGAAAUGAGGUGUUUUAAAGAGGAAAUCUUUGGUCCUGUGUCAGCCGUAAUUAAAUUUAGAACUGAAGAGGAAGCCGUAGCACUAGCAAAUGCAAGCUCCGUUGGCUUGGCAGGUUACUUUUUCUCCAGAGAUUUGUCUCAAAUUUGGCGCGUGGCUGAGAAUAUGGAGGUUGGCAUGGUUGCCGUUAAUGACGGCAUACUGUCUACAGUGGAGGCCCCUUUUGGUGGCGUCAAGGAGUCCGGGAUUGGGAGAGAAGGCUCCAAAUAUGGGAUUGAUGAAUACAUGAAUAUUAAGUACAUUUGUAUGGGUGGGAUUCAAUAGAACUGAACUGGAUAGCACAUCCUAGCAUUCACAGCUGGGCUGUCACAGCUAACACAAUGGGGAAAAAUUUCUGUUGUUUCUGUGGUUCGUGCAAUAGCAGAUUGAAAGAGUAAGAUGUUGAACUGGAUAUAAAAAGCUAUGAAAGAAUAACAUAUUGAACUAGAUAUAAAUAUCAACCUUUACAGAGGGGAAAAGAACUUACUGUGCAAAUGGUUUUUACUUUAAAAUGGGGAAUGAGAGACUUUGCUGACCUUUGCCUCAUGCUUGUUUGUGUGGAAUUAUAGUAUAAUCAGUCUGUAUAGAAACCUAUUCAAUGUGACCCAACAUUUGUCACUUAUUGCUGUCAGUUAUGCAAUUACUCAAUCAUGAUAACAUUUUAAGGGUGAGGAAUUAACUUUAAUUUUACUAAAAUCAGUUUAUAUUUCACUUUCCCCAAGGAGCUUUGUCAUUAUGCAUAUCACGUUAAUGCAACUAAAAAAGACCUUUCAAUAUUUUUAUAAAGUCUCGCAGAGUUUCAUUUGCACUGCUCCUUGAGUGCCAAAAUAAAAUUGUUACCAUAGUGAGAUAAGCUUCUAAAUCUUUUGUCUUUACCUUCAAUCUCAUUCUUUUUGAGUGUUGUGGUAAUGUGCCAAUAAUAGAGAGAGGUUCAGAAGAGAUAUUUUGGAACAUUCCCCAACACGGAUGCCCUUGUUAAUCACAAAACCUAUAAUUAUAUAACUUGAAGACUAUAAUGCUGAAAAAAGCCCUCAGUAUAUAACUUUAUUGAGUUCAUAAUGCCUGUAUUACAAUUUAAUAAUACCUUACAGAAUGCUCUACACAGACCUACUAAUCCUCAAUAUGUAAGCCUAUUCUAUAGUUAAACAUAUAAUUCAAAGCAAUAACUGAGCAAAAAGAAUUCAAGGUAAAAUAUGUGAAAAUGAUGUGCAAGAAGCCAGCUUGCCUACAAGAUAUAUUCAUAAUGAAUGUAGACGGCCACUAGAAGUCCUGUGGUGUACCCCAUAGAAGGGCCAGUCAACAUCUCAGAAACUCAACAUGAAGUAUGACCCCCUUCCGGAUUGGGGACUUGCUAGUCCAACGGUCAAAUAUGGCCGACCCACUUGAAUACUUCCCCACGGGAUAUCUAUUCAGUGUCUAUUAGCGGAUUAAACGGCAAGCUUUGUAGUGGGUUGCCAUGUUUGACCCUCGGACAAGUUAGUCCCCUAUUCUGAAUGGCACCUAUGACUUCAAGCACCUGUCUUUGUACAUACUUCAACACACAGUAUUGCCUGUUAUCAUCAUGGUCCCUGGCUGGCCAAACAUGACACUGUCAACCUCCUGUCAUUUGACUUCUUACACCACUAGAAGCACCCUGCUUAGUAUAACUAUUGCACAAUGGAUUCUUAAUGAAAAGAAUGAUAAAAUUGUUGCAUUUUUUCACCAAUUGGAAAACUGUACACAGAUUUAUGCAUACACCAUCUGAUGAUUACAUUUCCUGCAUGGAGAUGUAAAAAAAAUUCAAAUUUCAGAUUUAAUAGGAAAAGGGAAAAAAUUGCUCUCUCUUUUAAAUUGUCUUAAUCUAAGAAACAUGACUGUGGAUUUCACAAUUUUGCAUAAAUUCAACAUUUUUGUUUAUCAAAUAUAGUUUUUUGGGGGGUUAUUGUGCUGUAAAUCACACGAUUAACUAUACUGUGAUACCUACUUAAUAUACUAUGAAGUAUUUUAUGUAAUAUCA